AAAAAUUCAAUUUGCCGUAAUCUGUUCCCUUUAAAAACGAAUGGAAAAUGGGUUACUACUACUACGACUGUACAAAACAGUAGAAUUGAAAAGUAGGGUCCGUGUGCCUCUAUGCCAUCAUUGCUAGCCGACCAGCACGAUUUUAGCGGCCAUCAUCAUCAUCCUCCUCCUCCUCUUACUCCGUCCCAACUGAAGCUUCUUCGACUUCAACCGAGCUUAGCCACAGCAGCAAAGAUGGCGGGCGGUUCUGGAGCUGUGACCGGCCACGGAGCCCGCAGCUCCAACGCUUCGUUGGCGGCCUCUCUGGACCGCCGCUUUCAAGGAAUAUCCAACACCAUGGAGUCUAUCCAGAGCCUUUCCGGCUGGUGCAUUGAGAACAAGAAGCAGAGCAGUCUCGUCGUUCGCUACUGGAUGAAGUGGCUCAAGAAAUCUGACAACAAUCAUCGCUUGAAUCUCUUCUACCUUGCCAAUGACGUCAUACAGAACUGCAAAAGAAAGAAUGCUAUUGUGUUCCGGUCCGCCUUUGCUGAGGUUCUGCCGAAUGCUGCCCUUCUUAUCAAAGAUGCGAAGGUCCGUAGGUCGGUGGAAAGGAUCUUGUCAAUCUGGGAGGAACGCAGCGUGUAUCCUGAGGAGCUCCUCACUCAGUUGAAAGCCAAUCUGAACAAGAAGGAAAAGGAAAGAGAGAAGCAGAAGGAAAAAGAAAAAGUGAAAGAAAAAGGAAAAGAGACUCCACCUUAUAAAGAAGCCUUUACACAGACUCCCGACACUACUUCCAAGACAAAAGCUGCAACCAAGUCCAAGAUUGUUGAAGAGUUUGCACCCAACUCACUUAUAGAGCAGCUGUCAGGAUACAAGCAAGCAGUCACAGAAGAGGACUUCAGGGAGAAGCAGCUUGCAGCUCUCAGGCUGGACAUUUGCAGUGCUGAGGCUCACAAGAGGCUGAAAGACAAGGCAGGAGGGAACAAGUUUGCUAAAGACUUUGAGGAUGGCAGUCAGAAGCUGCAAGAGUUUGUCGGCUUUCUGGAGGAGGAGUUGAAGACGGGGCCCCCCCUGCUGGACGCUUUGGGAAACGCAGACAUCUUCUACGAGAUGCAGUACAAGGAGGUCAAGAUUGUGGCUAAUGCGUACAGUGCUUUUGCCAACCGCGUGGCCGUUCUCAAAAGGAAACUGGACUCCCUCAAGUCGACUCUACCUGGGCCUGAAGACUCACCCAUCCCCUCCCCCUCUGAAGACGCCCCCUCCCCUACCGGCUCAGACUCCCCUUUGCUGGCGAUGGGUGCCGCCAGAGCACAGGUGGACCCGGAGCUGGAUGGCAAGGCCAUGGAUGAAGGGGACCUGCAGAGUGACAGCAGAGAGGACAUAGAUGUGUCUGACGAAGAGGAGCGUUCUUCUUCAACAGCUGGUGACAAGGCAGGUGAGAUCUCUCCUGCAGACUCCAAGCUUCCAACCACACCUACCAAAGCUUCAAAGACUCACACCGCUGUCAGCGUAACCCCAGCCACACCUACUUCUACCUCUCAAACUCCAUCCACCCCUCUGGGAGUCAACAUGGCCAAGGUGGACCUGGGAAAGAUCAGCUCCAUCCUCAGCUCACUCACGGCUGCUAUGAAGAACACAGGUAGCCCCUCAGCUCGGCCAGCUCCAGCAACAUCCACCACACCAUCGGCCCAGUCUAUAACCUCCAAAGCGACCCCAGCAAGUCCUGCUCUUGCCAGUAUUUUGUCACGUGUUGACAUCACACCUGAAGGCAUACUGAAUGCUCUGUCUAAAAAAAACACACCAGCAUUGUCCUCUCUCCUGCACACUGUGACAAACUCUGCUCAACCCACUCGAGCUUCCCCAGAAGCAUCAUCAUCAGCGAAGACCCCGAAAGCUAAAUCCACAGUGGCAAACAGUCUCAAGCGAGAAACACCCAACAGGAACAUAGUCUGGGAGAAGGACCGUCAGCUCUCCCCCCCUCCCGCACCCCAUCCUCCCUGUGUUGCCUCCACUGUCUCUCCCCCAAGCCUCGAAUCAAAAAUCAACAGUUUCUUGCAGGGUAAUCCAGGUUUUAGCCUGGCCUUAGGUGAUGCCAGUCCAGAUGGUGUUGAUGGGACCCCAGUGCGAGAUGAGGCUGUCGGUACCCCCACCCAAGAUGAGAUCAUGGACACGCCUGGGAGUGUACCUGAGUCUUUAGGAUCCUCUGGUGGCAACAACCUUUCACCCACAGCGUAUCGCAGUGAGCCUUGGGACGCUGUGAUCACUCCGUCGGGAAAUAAUGAUAGUAACUUCACCUCUUCCCGGUAUGGAGGUGCGAAAAGGAACGAUGCAGCUAAGAGUGCAAGGAAGCAGGUGGUCUCCGCCUCCAGUAGUGAGCUCAUGAAGGCUAAGAAAGAUGCACAGCACAGUCAGGGUGUUAUGACAGGAGGAAAUGCCAGUACAAAGGGAGAGCAUCGCCUCUCCGCUGGCUCCCGAAAAGCAAGCACUGGCUCUGAAGAAGGAGGUCUGAGUGGGAAAAGAGAGGACAAGCUUAAAGGUCUACAGUCCCCAGGUAGGGACACUAAGGACAGCGGGGGGUACCAUCGCAUUGAGACCCUUGUUUCACCCUGUACUGAGGGUGCACCCAUUGAGACUGUGGGCUAUUCUAACCAGCCCCUUGCAGGAGAGCGAAUCAAGACGGUCGAGAGCAUCCGUGUGAUUGGUCGAGACUCUCGACGAGGAGGAGGGGCUGGUGCUCUGCCUGGGCCAAUGUGGUACGAAGAGGAAGAAUACAUGGAAGCUCAUUCUACCUCGCCCCAUCCCAUCCCCCCUCCUCUUAGCAUUGGCCAGGGAGGCAGUGGGGAAAUGCCGCCCCCACACCAUCUCCUCUCUCACCCUCCUCCCCCUCCCCCUCCCCCACUCCCUCACCCGGUCCCUCCUCCUCCACCUCCUCAAAUACCUUUCCAAAUGCUUUACCAUGCAGAGAGUCUCCAGACUCCUCCCCCUUCUCAUCUCCUACACCCACCUCCUCCUUCACCCCAUUUCUUUGGCGCUCCCCCCACCAUCCCUCGACCUCCCCCGCCUCCCAUGUCACCCACGCUGUCUCCCUCUUUGCCCCCACCAGUCAUGGUAGGUGGACUUUUAGUCCCCGUCGACCAGAUGCAGGCUGGUCCUCCUCCAGGCAGGCAUGACAGUGCAGAGCGAGGAGGCCCCAGGGGUAACAGGUCCUCUCCUCGUCCACUCAUGUCAUUAUUAGGUGAUCCUCCCAAGCUGCCCCGUCCCGGCACAGUCAAAGAGCCUUUUCCUGCCCAUAAUACACCCCCGAUCCACCGCCCAGGUGCUCCUGGUGCGCCUCCACCCCUCCUGGGCCGAGUAAAGGAGUCCCCAAGUUUGCACCCUCCAAGCACGUCUCCUUCGACACCCAAUUCCCCUGCAGUGGACGGCACGACAGCUCGUGCCCUCGCUCAAACCGCCGCGCCUCCUGGGCAAAAUCCCGUGGUGAGUCCUCCCAGUCAACCCCGCAGCCAACCUCCCAGCCCCGUCCCUCUCCUGGCGCUGCCUACUCAAAGACCCCCCUUGCUCUUUGGCAACCAGCGAGGCCACCACUCUCGACACUUUAACCAAGAUCACCAAGGCGGUGGGAGGUUCCGUGGCAACAAGCGUCCCGGCCCUCCUUUUGCAGGUGGCCCGUUCCACGGGCAGAAGAGACCCUUCCAACCGCCACGCUACUGAAGUGGUCAUCUGUGAUGUGCUGAGAGAGGGAGUGCAAGCCACAGUGCUAGCCUAAACCCACCGCAGUGUGUGUUUGCCUUGAUGGUAUGAACCUAGAUAUAUUUGCCUACUUCAUAAUCAUAACACUUGUGUGUAAAUAGUCCAUUAAAACUUCAUAGAAUAUUUAGCCCACAGUGUUGUAUAAGCUUAUCUUCAGAGUCAGUUUGGCAUCUUCAACGCUCAUUAGGAGAGUUGAGAUCAACCUACAACAAAAGCUACUCAUCCGUUUUGAAUUCCUUACAGUUGUCAUACAUUUCAUGAGUUAGAGGUCUUACUACAUAAGAAGAAAAUGUUGAAUGAUAGGAAGUCAUGAAACACGACUUGUUCCAAAGUUCCUUUUCCUCCCUGAAUGCAUGAAUGUGUACACUGUCCUACAACAGUGUUUGAAGUGGUUUCCAGAAUUUUCUGAUGUAAAUAACCCUUGUCAUCUCGCACUAGGAAUUUUCUCUUCCCGCGUGUCCCUCCCGACUUUGUAAUUCUAAGCUUGUAAUAUAAACGAGUGACUGACUACUUUUUCCCCCUCUUCAAACGCUUGUAAAUGAUGCUCACUGCUGCAGCCUGUCGUUACUGUGAUCAAGGCUUUGGAAAUGCUCAUUUACCUCAGAAUUUGUUUAAUUUGUUAUUUUUUGUUUCUUUUAAAUUCAGUACAUGGAAAAAAGAGGCGAUAAUUGUAUUUUAAUUAGGGAUGGGCAUACUAGUCAACUAGUUUUGUCUAAAGAACAAUGUGAUGGGAAGUUCAGCUACAGCCAUGUAGUGACUCCAAAUAACUCCUCUAUGUAACACUCGUAUUCAGAGAUUUUUUUUUACAUCCUGUUGAAAUUAACAUUUUCCCCCAUAAUAAAGUAAAUCUAGUCAAAUGCUCAUCCCUAAUUUUAAUUUCCAAGUACAUGUUUGCCAGGCUACACUUCAAUCAAACAUCGUGGAUGGAGAGAGUUUAUGGGGUGUCUGCGAGUACUUUGGGAAGCUCCUGCAUGUCCUGAGUUGAAUAAAAUCCAGAGUUUCAAUUAAAGUGGGGCGCGGGGGAUUAUUGCAUUGGGUCUUGAAUAAAUAGCGCUUUGUAGUUAA